AUGCCAUCUCAGCGAGGUUACGCCUCAUCGCAGCAGCCACAGGCAGGGCCGAGCGACCCAGCAAAGACGCAAGCGCAGGCGCAGACACAAGCGCAAGCACAGGCACGCUCGCAGCGUCUUCGUGUUCAGCCGCCGAGGCAUAGAGGACGAGGAGGAGGAGGAGCAGCGCCGCAACACCCGCAGCCGCCCCCAAAGAGUAGUCUCGAUCUCGCCUGGUCAUACUCGCGCUCCCAGGCACACGGAGCACUCCAGCUACAGUCCUCCCCUUCCUUCACAGAAAAGCAUUGGGCUGGGCCUCACAACCAUUUGGGCGAUCGAGAUAGCAACGACUCGGCUGAGGACGAAGGCGAUGAAGAUGGGGAGGACGAGGAGGAGGACGAAGACGACCUACCCUCGAGAGGCGACGAGGACGAGGAGGAUGAAGACGUGACAAUAAUGGAAGGUCUGGAAGGAGCAAGCACACGUCCUUCGCACCCUCAAGUGCGCAAGCUUGCAGCAGAAGAAAUGCGCGGCCGGCAACGUCCUCGCUCUUCUCGCUCGCGAGACCGCGAGGUCAAGAGACUCACUGCCAGCGACGUCGUCAUAGACUCUUCCUCGGCGGCUGCGGCUGCAGCGGAGCGCAGAGGACGAAGACGAAGUCCGAGAGACAGCAGUGUGGGUAGUAGUCUGCUCGUUCUCCCUGCUCCUGGUCAGGGCCAGGAUCUGGCUGGCGGAAGCGGAUCGGCCGAGCCGCGCGUAGGAAGCCAUUAUGAGCGCUACAGCUUGCGCUCUUCGUCCCGAGACAUGGAGAGCGAUGAGGAAGGUGAUGGAGAAGCACAGCUGGCGCGCAGGCGUCGACCCAGGUUUAGGCGACACAGCAGCUCGUAUCGGAGUGAUGGCUCCCCAGCGGCAGCAGCGCCCACGGAGCAGCAUCAGCAGGACGGUCCCAGUCGUAGAGCGAACGAGACUACGCCACUGCUGAGGAGGCAGGGUUCUAUGGUGCGCAGUCAGUCCACACCGCUGUCUAUGGCACGGCCGAGGACACCCCGCCUCGAGGGGAUGGAGGGCGUAGCGGCACUGGGCGCGGAUGGGCGAGGGGAGGAAGGGGCUGAUACAGGGGCGAGGGCGACCAGCUGGUGGGCACGGCUGUGGGGCAGCUUGACGAGCUGCGUAUGUGUAGGGAAGAGGAGGUGA